AUGCCCUUAUCCAUGGCUCUCUCUGUCUCUCUCUCUGUCUCUCUCUGUCUCUCUCUCUCUCUUUUCUCUCAGAACGCGAAUUAUUCUCCUAUACCUCCCUCCCCCAUCCCUUCACUCGUUGAUUCUUCAUCUCCCCAUAUUACAGUCGCAUCUCCUCUUUGGGAAACCUUCCUGCGCGAUGACGUCGAGACCUUCCGGGGUGUCCUGGCCUCCGCCAGCUACAAGACCUCCGGCGGAACCCCCAAUUCCAAAGCUGGAGGUUCUGGCUCGGUGAUAGCCUCGUCGCCGGGCAUCUUCCACCGCAGUAAAAAGCUCGGAGAGGCCUCUCCUGGAACCCCGCUGCCUGAUCGCAGCACGACGUCGCGACCCGGUCGGACUAUUUCGCGCGAGGAAUUGAACGCCCGCGAUCACUAUGGCCGCACGCUCCUGCACCACGUGGCCUCAUCGCCCAAGUCGACGGCCAUCGACUUCGCCAUCAUGCUGCUCGAGACUCCGUUUAUCGAUAUAUACGCGCAGGACUGGGAGAGUGGAUGGACGGCUUUGCACCGCGCGCUGUACGCCGGAAACGCGGCUAUCGCUCAGGCGCUGAUGGCGCGCGACAUCCGGGACGCGACCGACUUCAGCAAGGCGGGGUCACCGGGUCAUCCCGGUGGAGGCCUGAUCAAGGUGAAGGAUCGCGAGGGGUACAGCCCUUUUGACGUGUACGGGGCUACCAUCUCCUCGCGCGAGAUCAAGCGCAUGGUGCUCCCGGCGACGGAGCACGAUCCUUUGCUCGCCGAUAUCGAAAAUAAGGACGAUGAGUCGAGUGCGUCGUCCUUUGGGGAGGAUAUGGACGAGGACGGCCAUGCGCCGCGGGGUGUAUUGCGACCCCGCGUCAACCUCUUGGCCGACGAAGUAUACACCUUUGGGAGUAAUAAGAAUCUGAAUUUAGGCGUGGGCGACCAGGAUGACCGUCAAUUUCCAGAGCGAAUGACGCUGAAACGCCCGGAACACCUGCUGCGCCGAUUCUUCCGCGAGUCCCAGGAACAGCGGGGUGACGAUCACCCCCCGGGCCCUGAUGACGCGGAAGAUCUCCCCGCGCUGAUCAGGAACAAGCCGAUGAAAUACCAGGACAUCGUCAUGUCCAAGCUGCACACAGCCAUUCUGACCACCGACCCGGAAGCCAACCUCUUUACAUGCGGAUUCGGUCCGGGCGGCCGCCUGGGCACAGGCGACGAGUCGACGCGAUUCAGCUUCGUCUGCAUCGAGGGCGGAGGCCUCGCCAACCGAAAGGUCGUCUCCGUGGCUCUCGGCCAAGACCACACGCUCGCCAUCUCCGAGCAAGGCGAGAUCUUCAGCUGGGGUAGCAACAAGUACGGUCAACUAGGCUACAGCCUCCCACGAGCCACCAACCGAGACGACGUGCCCAUCCAGACCACCCCCCGCCAGAUCUUCAACCCCUUCAAGAAAGAAAUGAUCCUCGGCGCCGCGGCGUCCGCAAUCCACUCAGUCGUCUUCAGCCACGCAGGCCUCUACACAUUUGGCAAAAACGAAGGCCAGCUCGGCCUUGUCGACUCCGACGCGCGGUCCCUCGAAGCGCAAACCACCCCCCGACGCGUCGGAGCCUCCCUCUUCAACGCCCCCAUCCACAGCGUCUCUGCCAUCGACCAAGCCACCGCCAUCCUCCUCCACAACCACGAAGUAUGGGUCUUCGCGCAAUACGGCUACCUCAAACUCUCCUUCCCGCUAGACAUCAGCUCGAAAUUCAUCCGGGACAGCUUCAUGACAACCCGCUACGACACCGCCGUCAACAGAAUCAUCAAGAUCCGCUCCGGCGGCAACACCAUCUGCGCUCUGUCCAGCUUCGGCGAGGUCUUCACCGUGCAGGUGAACACCAAAACCGACACCCCGUCCGCAACCUCCACCACCAACCCGUCGAAAAUUCGCAACGCCGUCGCGCCGCCUGCGCGCGUGUGGGCGCUCAAGAAGGCCCACAUGGCUGUUAAGGAUGUCGACGUCGGCCAGGACGGCUCGAUCAUUAUCUGCACGGCGUCUGGGUCUGCGUGGCGGAAGGAAAAGCGGGGGAAGAGCAAGGAUGGCGUCGCGAAGGAGUACAAGUUUGCUCGUGUGCCGGGCUUGUCAAGGGUCGUGGGUGUCUGCAGUAAUUCGUUCGGGGCGUUUGCGGCUGCGCAAAGGGAUUGUGAUGUCACGAGGGAGCAAAUUGAGGUUGGGCCGAGUACGCUGUGGAAGGACUUGCUGCCGUUGUCUCCGUUUGGCGUCUUCGCCUCUAUGGUCAAUGGAAAUGCAGAAGCUGGAGUUGGGGAUGGGAUGCUGGUUGAGCCCACUCUGGCUAUCAAAAACGCAGUGAUGUCCGCCUCAGACAUCGAGUCCUUCUUUCCACCGUCGCCGGUCAAUCUGCCCCAGGGAGUAGUCCUCAUAACGACCACUCUCUCCGACGUACAAAUCCCAGUCCACGAGUUCGUCCUCUCCGGCCGCAGCGCCGUCCUCCGAAAAGCAUUCCACGCCUUCCGCAAAUCAACCACAUACACCCUCCCAGACAUCCUCACCAUCUCGCACGACCAACACAACCGCACACGCAUCCUCUUCCACAACCUCGACAUCUACACACUCCUCAACCUCGCCUUCUUCAUCUACACAGACAACAUCUUCGACAUGUGGCAUCUCGCCCGACACACACCCGAAAGCGCCCUCCGUUACCGCCAAGUGCGCACAGAAGUAAUGCGUCUAGGCACGCACCUCGACAUCCCGUCCAUCGAGCGCGCCGCGCGCCUAAUGAUCGAUCCUCACAGGUCUCUCAAAUCCGACAUGGCGCUGACACUCACCGACCCUGUCUUCUUCGAAAGCGGCGACGUCGUCAUCGAGCUCAAUAACGACGAAGUCAGAGUCCACAGCCAGGUCAUCUGCCAGAGAAGUCUCUUCUUCGAUGUGCUGUUCAACGGCCGCUCGGGUGGUAGAUGGCUCCUCUCCCGCCGGGAAAACUCGAACCCGUCGGAUAGUAGCAUCCGCGUCGACCUGCGGCACAUCGACCGCCCUGUCUUCGACUUUGUACUGCGGUAUAUGUACGCCGAUACAGACGAGCAGCUCUUCGAUGAAGUCCGCUCGAAAGAUCUAGACAGUUUCAUAGACCUGGUGUUUGAGGUCGCGUUUGUGGCGAAUGAGUUGAUGAUUGAUCGGUUGGCGCAGGUUUGUCAGAGGGUGUUAGGUCAAUUUGUAAACGCACGCAACGUCUGUACUCUCCUCAACUCCAUCGCGCCGUGCUACGUUACGGAAUUCCGCGACGCCGCGUUGGAGUAUAUCUGUUUGAACCUGGAGGGGCUGCUCACGAAUAGGAGUUUGGAAGACCUCAACGAGAACCUCCUCACCGCACUAGACUCCGUCUGCCACGACAACCAACUCUCCAGCUUCCCCAUCUCCAGAGGGCGCAACACAGACGAGUAUAUCUUCGAGAUGUAUCCCGAGCUAGUAUCUUUCAUCGAGAGCGACAGACAGCAAAGAAUAGACUCCAUGAAGUUGCGGACGCGUUUCAACACCGAAGGCAAGCGCAUGCCAAACGGCGACAAGACGCCUGCGUCGGCGCAGAAGUCCUCCAAAACGAGGGAUGUAUUCACGACACCCUCGAAGAGCCCCUCGCUGAGACCGAGGCAGUCUGCGGGUGAACUGAUGUUCGCUAUGGACGAUGAGCAGUUCUUGUCUCCGGGUGAGGGCUUGAAAGGGAAGGGCGUCGUUCGUGGGUCCAGAGGUGUAGAUGCACCUUACGCACCCGCAGACUCGCCUGCUUUCGCAUCCAGCCUCGCAGACGAAUCACCACACGGUGGAAGAAGCUAUCUCGACGAUCUGAUGGGCUCCCACGAUACGGGCCUAGGAGAAUCCCCCAGCUACAACCGCGCCCAAAACAGGAACAACAACAACACCUCGUCCGUCCCAUGGACCAACACCAACACCUCCUCAACCUCCGUGGUAACCGGCUCAAAGAAGCCCCUCAAAGACAUAAUGCAGGAAGCUUCCUCCCAGGGACAAGUCUCAAACCUCAGCCUGGGCAUGUCCAUGUCUGCCAAACGCGAUAACGCCCAAUCUGCUGCGCCGAAAAUGUCGCAGAAAGAGCGCAAGAAGAUGCAGAUGCUGCAGAUGCAGGAGAUGCUUGCUGCGGAGGAGAGGUCGAAGGAGGCGAGGGCUAAUCCUUGGGGGGUGACUCCUCCUGUUCCUACUUCUUCUUCUUCUGCUGCUGCCUCUGUAGGAAAGGGGGGUCUGGGUCAGCUUGGUAAUGGAUCGGAGCCUACGCCAGCUGAACUGGGAAAACCGACGAGGAAACCUUCUAUGACGAUGCGGCAGACGGUGGCCGGGACGCCGCCGUUGAAGGGGCAGUCGGUGGGCCCUGUGCCGGUUAAAGCAGGGGAUGGUGUGGGGGCAAAAGCCCAUCCACUCAAUCCGGCACACCCCCAAAUCCCCCUCAACCACCCCCCAGCCUCCACAUCAACCCCAACCCCCAAACAAACAUCCACCUCAAAACCCAAACCAACCAAAAAAUCCAAACGCACCUCCCUCUCAACAAUCCUCCUCCAACAACAGACCGAAAAAGACGAGAUCCGCGAAGCAGCCACCGCCAAACACAACCUCCACGACAUCCAGCUCGAGCAGCAGUUCCAGGAGUGGUGGAAUAAGGAGAGUAGGCGUAUCCAGGGACUUCCUGAUGAGGAGCUAGAGGGAGAGGAGCAGACUGGUGAUGAUAUUGGGAAGGGUGGGAAGAAGGAUAAGAGCAUGGAUGGAAGGAAGGGUCAGCGUCAGGGGCAGGGCCAGGGUAAUACCCCCGGCUCUGGCUCUGGGCAAAACGCGAAUCGCAAGAGAGGGCGUGGGGGUGGUGGUGGUGGAGCUGGGAAAGCUGCUGGAAGUGCAGAUGCAGCUGCAAACACAAACACAAACACGAACACAGCUAGUGGGACUCGACAACUACCUUCCAGGCAGAAGAAUGGCCAUGGCCCUAGCCCUGCUGGUAGCAGCAGUCUUCCGAAGGAUUCCAGUGCCAGUGCGAAUGCGACUGCAAAUGCGCAUCCACAGAAAGCACCCCCUCAGCGGAAAGAACACGCCCCUCACCCUCACCACCGCCAACAACAUCACACCAAGAAAGCCAACGCUGGUCAUGGGAGUAGUCAUAGGGAGUCUGUUCCUGUGAAUGGCGGAGCAGCAGCAGGAGGAGGCGGCAGUGGUGCGCCCCCACGCGGUGGUGGAGGAGGAGGAGGAGGAGAAAGAGGGAGAGGCGCUCACAGGGGACGAGGGCGAUAAUCUUCUCUCUCUUUCUCUUUCUUCAUUCCCCUCUCUGUGUAUGAAUUGUGAUAUAUCUUGGUUGGG